UGUCAUCUCGAAAUAUCAGGAUAUAUGUGAGUGCGUUAGUUAAUAUUGAGCUCUUCGUUGGCGUAGUGGUAUUAAUUAUUGUGUCUGUGCAUUUAAUAUUUCUGCCUAUGUACAAUUAAACGUCGAAGCUAGUCUUUUGAGAUUAUUCAUGAGGACAAAUGGACGAUUUCAUAGCCGAUAAAUGGUGAUCUUUCGAGAAGCUCAUCCGAAUUCAAAUUAUCACGGUACUGAAAGAUAAUACAAAAUUAAGACGGCAAUUGUAAAUAUUUUUCUGCGUAGACCGUGAAUUUACGUUAUUACUCAUUAUAUAUGUGUUUUAAGUGUCGGUUCUCCAGAUUAUUCGAUCCCUGUGUUGUACGCUACGAACUUUUGCUGUAUUAAAAAUUUUCAUAUCGAACAGAAACUGCAUGCAUAGGUGAAGGAAUAAGAUUUUAUGAUAAUAUCAGAGUGGCCUCGAUGGGGGAAUUAAAUUACAAUAAUCGUUACUGAAGAUAGAACUAUGUAGGAAAGCAAGCUUUGGCAUAGAAUCUGGAUUAACAUUUGGCAUGUGCUUUACCAAAUACAGUUCAAAUCGUUCAAGGAUUUUUUGUUUUGUUUGGAUUUCGUACUAAACAAACUGGCUGCUAUAUCGUACACCGGUAUGUCAGAAUCUGGUAGCUUCACCUCCAAUGGGAGAAUGAUCGUCGUGAGCAACAGGUUGCCGUUCGUGUUGAAGAGGAACGAUGUAACCGGUCAGCUGGAACGCAAGGCCAGUGCCGGAGGUCUUGUGACAGCGGUAGCACCGGUGGUCAUAAGCGGAAAUGGCGUCUGGGUCGGUUGGCCAGGAAUGCACAUGGAUAAUCCGAACGAACCAAUUCCCGAGUCCAAUCCUAAUGAUCGUACACCGACAGCUGGUCUUCUGUCUGAAAAGGUUGUGGCAGUACACGUCGAACCAGGCAUUUUUGACUCGUACUACAAUGGGUGUUGCAACGGAACCUUUUGGCCAUUGUUCCACUCUAUGCCUGAUCGAGCAACCUUCAUCGCAGAGCAUUGGCGAGCAUAUUCCGCAGUCAACGAGGAAUUCGCUGCGAAAACAGUUGGUGCAUUGGAUCAAAUUCAUAAGGAUCAAAAGAAUCAAUCGAAUGGCACGCCGUUGGUCUGGGUGCACGACUAUCACCUAAUGUUAGCCGCGAACUGGAUUAGACAGGCAGCUGAUGAGAAGCAUCUCAAAUGUAAAUUGGGCUUCUUCCUUCACAUCCCUUUCCCACCAUGGGAUAUAUUCAGACUCUUCCCGUGGGCUGAUGAAAUCCUUCAGGGAAUGCUUGGUUGCGAUAUGGUCGGUUUUCACAUUCAGGACUAUUGUCUGAACUUUGUCGACUGCUGCCAAAGGAGCCUCGGUUGCAGAGUUGAUCGUAAAAACCUAUUGGUGGAGCAUGGUGGAAGAACAGUACGCGUAAGGCCACUUCCCAUUGGCAUCCCGUUCGACAGAUUCGUUGCACUGGCCGGAACUGCCAACAAGGUCAUGUUGACUAAUCAGAAGAUCGUAUUAGGCGUUGAUCGCCUCGAUUACACCAAGGGAUUGGUUCACAGACUCAAAGCUUUUGAGAUGUUGUUAGAGAAGCAUCCAGAACAUCGUGAACAGGUUACUAUGCUCCAAAUUGCUGUGCCAUCGCGAACUGAUGUACGUGAGUACCAGGACUUGAAACUGGAAAUGGAUCAACUGAUUGGUCGUAUAAACGGUCGGUUUACGACACCCAAUUGGUCUCCAAUUCGUUACAUUUAUGGUUGCGUGAGUCAGGAUGAGUUGGCAGCGUUCUAUAGGGAUGCUACGGUUGCUCUCGUUACACCACUCAGGGAUGGAAUGAACUUGGUCGCCAAGGAAUUCGUUGCGUGUCAGAUUAACACUCCACCAGGUGUGUUGAUCGUUUCUCCAUUUGCUGGAGCCGGAGAGAUGAUGCACGAAGCUUUGAUUUGCAAUCCCUAUGAAAUAGACGAAGCUGCAGAAGUUAUUCAUAGGGCACUUACUAUGCCAGAAGAUGAACGCACAUUAAGAAUGAAUCACUUAAGGCGUCGCGAGAGGAUCUAUGAUGUUAAUUAUUGGAUGAAAUCCUUCUUACGAGUAAUGGGAUCACUCGAAGAACAUGAUUCUGUAGGUGCUACAACGAUGCAACCAGUGACCAUGGAUGAUUUCGAUGAUUAUUUGAGCAAGUAUAUCGGCGAUAAUCAUAAAUUGGCCCUCCUGCUGGAUUAUGAUGGUACCCUGGCCCCCAUCGCAACACAUCCGGAUCUUGCCAUCUUACCCCUUGAAACAAAAAAUGUUCUGCAAAGGUUAUCCAAUAUGUCUGAUGUGUAUAUAGCGAUCAUAUCGGGUAGAAACGUGAACAAUGUUAAAUCAAUGGUGGGAAUAGAAGGUAUCACGUAUGCUGGAAAUCACGGAUUAGAAAUUUUACAUCCAGACGGCAGCAAGUUCGUUCAUCCAAUGCCAGCUGAGUUGGAAGGCAAAGUAGCAAACUUGAUGCAAACGCUGCAAGAUCAAAUUUGUAAGGAUGGUGCCUGGGUAGAAAACAAAGGAGCAUUGUUAACUUUCCACUAUCGUGAGACGCCAGUGGAAAGACGUUCUGAAAUGGUCGAACAAGCAAAGAAAAUUAUUGAACAUGCAGGCUUCAAAGCCUGUUCGGCGCAUUGCGCUAUCGAGGCAAAACCACCAGUCGAAUGGAAUAAAGGUCGUGCUUCCAUUUAUAUUCUACGUACCGCAUUUGGUUUGGAUUGGAGCGAACGUAUCAGGAUUAUUUAUGCCGGUGAUGAUGUUACGGAUGAAGAUGCAAUGAAGGCCCUGAAAGGUAUGGCAGCUACCUUCCGUGUAACAUCGUCACACAUAGUUCGUACAUCAGCAGAAAGGCGUUUACCAAGCACGGAUUCUGUAUUGACUAUGCUAAAGUGGGUGGAGAGGCACCUGAGCAAACGCAAACCUCGUAACAGUACCGAAAUCCCAUCCAGAUUUCGUCGAAGUAGCGCCGGUAUUACCAUGGAAAUGUCUUUUACGCCAUCAAAUACAGCAUUAGAAUCAUAAGUUACAUCGCGACAUCCUUCGUUAUCAUAUCGACUGUGUCUUCGGCAGGAAAUAUUUUUAUGUCACAGGCUUAUGCUAUACUCGUAAAGUAAGAUCAAGUAUGUGCGUGAGAGAAGAAUAGGAACAAAAAGACGAAAGGAAAAUUGUAGGUGAAGAAAAAUACACAAAAAAAGCAAAAAAAAAACAUUAAUCAUUGUGUAAAUUGUAUUGUUCAGGUAUGGUGGAAACCACCAUUAUCAUUUAUCAAACAAGUUGAGCUUUAUACGAAUAUCUUUUCUUUCUGAUGAAUUGUAUUCGAGAGCUCUACUUACAUUCGACUAUAUCGAAUUAACUUAAUAAAACACCGUACAUAUACACACGCGUCAGCCAAGAGGAAAUAAUCUUUUUAAUAUGAAAUAAAUACUCUUUAUCGACUGUUUUCGACGUUUACCUAAUUGAUGUAUUUCUCCGGGAACCAAUCAAAUGGCUUUACCUCGAAAAUAUAUAAUAAAUCACGAGAAAAUCACAAAAAAAAAGAAAAAAAAUAUGAAUGUUAAGCAUACAGUCGUUAAAAUCUCCGUUUCAAGCAUGAAUAUAUAACAUGUUCUUUGUUUCUUUUCUGUUUUUUUCUUUUUUAAAUUAACAUUUAUUACGUAAUUGUUACACUGUACGGUAUAAUUAGGCUGAAUGUAGCUUCCGAUAAAGCAUGUUUUAUCGAAAGUCGUAUAAUAGGUACUUAGUUAUGUAUAGUUUUUAAGUUCGCGUCGCUUAAAAAUGUCACAGAAAAUAUUCGAUAUAUUGUAAUAUUAUCAGAGCAACUGUAUUGAUUUAAAUAAGCUAAUAUUGUAUACUUGCAAUCAAUUUUCAAAACACGUAACAGAUGAUUGUAACAGAAAAAUAGUGUUCUAUAUUGCCACAUUAGCAGAGAUGAGAAAAAUAAUUGUAUUCAACUUCGUAGGUGACUCAAAAAAUCAUAAUCAAGUAAUAGAACAGAUUUCAGUUUUGCAUGUAUAGCAUAUAAAUCGAUUUGUUGUAUGUUGCGUAUUUAAAUCAAAUCGAUUUAAUGAAUUUUUAGUGUUUGUAUAUUAGAUUACAUCUGAAAUUACACGAGACACAUCCUCUUCAUUAAGACUACCAAGACUUCUCGUCAAAAUAGAGUUACUAAAUAUCUGUUUUUUAUAAAAGCUGUUUUUCUUUUUUUUUUCUUGCGAAUAUGUAUUUUUUUAUAACAGUAUGAAUGAAGUUUACAAAUUGUUACAUUUAUAUUAUUAAAUAUAAUCGAUAUAACGGAAACGAUUCAAGAAUGGAUGUGCAUAGGCAAGAAUACACUUUUAAUAUGCAUGUCGUUUAUAAGAAAGUCUUAAAUUUGAUGAUUAGUUAGUUAAUAUGUAGUUUUCCUUUUUCUUUUUUUUUUUAUAAAUCAGAUGAUGGAAUUAUAAUGAACAGUGCCUUCACAACUUCAUAAAAAGCGCAAUACCCAAUAGUAAUCAGUAAUAAACUACAUAAAUGACGAUGAUUUAGCGAUAAGGGAUGUGCGAAAUGUUAUACACACAAAUUUAUAUACACGAAGGUUAUAUGUACACAUAUAUUUUCACAUACAAAAUAUUUGAUAUAUACUAACAUACAAAAACAUGAAUACAUAACAUAUAGACAUACAUGAUAUAUCAACACAUAAAUGUAUAUCGUUAAACAACAUUGAAAGAAACGAUAUAUUUAGACAAAAACAAAUCAAAGUAAACACGCACUAAUUUUACACAUUUUCUAAAUAGAAUAAGUCACUUAAGGAUUUAUUAUUUCAUGCGUUUAUCCAUUUUCUAUAUUAAAAAAGGAAAUCGAAGUCGAUUGAAUAGGAUAGAAAAAGAGAUAAAACAACUCGAAUGGUUUUUUAAUACUGUUAGAAUAUUUUUAAACCCGAUUCUUUAUCGAUUCAUUUUCGAUGUCAAGUGGACAUAUUGCAAGAACAAACAAAAAAAAAAAUGAAAACCUUGUCAUCUAAUCAGAUCGAUGUGUUUCACGGAAGAUAUUAAUGGAUCCUGAACAAAAUUUUUUAUAGAAAAUAUUAUAGAAAUAGCUAUAAACAUAAAAUGAAACUAUUAAACAAAUAGAGACUGAUUAAACGAAAGUUAAUACAUAACCUUGUUUUCGACGUGGAGUUUGUUUAUUCAAAUCAAAGUUAGACAAAAGAGCAAAAUAACGUUGAAAGUUGAAUAUAAAUAGAAUUUUCAAAAUGAAAAAUUAAUAUUGAAUUUUCGGAACUGAUGUAUGUGUACGUAAAAGAAUCUACAUUACCUUUCUAUUCGUGGAUGAACGUCAGACAUAUAUUUGUGUAUAAAUCUUUAAACUUUGUUACGUGUUUUACAGAAACUGCAUUAAAUAUAAAAGAAAUCCGUCAUUAGUUUUUGUGCGUGUCAGAUUUAUAUUUCAUUAAAAAAAAAGAUGACCAUGAUAUUAAAACAUUGUUAGAAAA